AUGCCACUUUUCCAACUUUCAUCUAGCCCCAACGCUUCCAAGACCCCCAAUGCUAAGCCAGCCAUGGCAAAGACAAAAUCCAGAAUUCAGCCAUUUUUAGAGGCUGUUCGUAACGCCAGACAACUCAUCUUCACCGUCAUUGUUAUCGCCAUAUUCGCCAUUGCGUGGUUGGUCCAGGGUGGUUCGAUUGACAUGCCAGAAUGGACUAAAGACAUGCGACAUCUCGAGGGUGACGACUGGACGAAAUAUGCCGUGAUAAUCAUUGUCGCUGUUUGUGUGGUUUUUGCGCUCAUGAUGGCGACGGGCAUAGCGCUAUUGAGAUCGGAUAAUGCUCAUGGGUAUUCCUGA